AUGAUGCAAACAAUUGAUGUUCCUCAUGUCUAUAUGACGGCUAAAGACGGUAUCACAAUUGGUGGACAAUUUGCGCUUAAUAUGUACAUCGAUCCUAUGCAGAAUAACACUACACCUCUUGCUAGUAUAAUACUCAAUGGAACCAUGUCUCUUACUCCUUUGAUAGUCAAUCGCAAGCUAAGCGCAAAAGUAUUCUUAGCGGUAUUUGAGACAAUCUUCUCCAAAGUAACUAAAUUCCUUAUCAAUGAUGUUCUGAAAGUUGGCAUUCCAAUCCCAUCAUUUGCCAAUGUCACCAUAUCAGGCAAGCUCAUGAUCGCUUUUUCCCCUUACAUUUUGAGAAUCUUUGGUAUUUCACUUAAUGCAUUUACCGGUUUUGUUAACGAAAAUCAAUACUCUAUAUUUGCAGAUGCAACAGAAAUCCGUGUAUUCGACAAAUGCGUCCGUACCAACAUCGGCUUUGAGUUAGAGGCGAUAUAA